AUGCUACCAGUUGGUCGUGGACGUCCAAGUGCCCCAACGACUAUUAUUGAUGAAAUUAUUCCUGAACAAGUUGUGUUAAAUGAAAAUUGGCGUUUAACGGAGCUUAGCCACAACAUAAGAGAACCACUAGAUGCUUUAAAGUGGCUGGCAAAGCGUAGAAUAAUAAAAAAUAAUGUGGAGUGCAACAAUUGUCAACAGCCGUUUAGUUUAAACGCAUAUAAAGAUGCCGCGGAUGCUUUCCGUUGGUACUGCAAGGGGUGCAAACAGAGGCAAAGUGUUAGAGAAGGAUCUUUUUUUAGCAAAAGUAGGCUACCGCUACAAAAGUUAACUUACUAUAUUUAUGCCUGGAGUCGAAAUAUGCCUCAGAAAGAAAUACAACACGAAGCCGGUAUGAACGACGCUAGUCAUACUUUUGCUGAUUGGGCCAACUUUUGUCGCGAUGUUUGCGAAGUUGAACUAGAAACAAAUCCUUCAGUUAUUGGUGGUAUCAACGCUGACGGGACACCGAUUGUAAUUGAAAUUGACGAAUCUAAGUUUUUUUCAUCGCAAAUACCAUCGCGGGCAAUGGCGACCAGGUCAUUGGAUGUUUGGUGGUAUUGA